CGUCGUUUCCACGCGUCGGCUGCUGCGAACGGCGAAUGGCGACAUCGCUCGGCGUCGGAGCACUCGCUUUCGCUCCGCUGUUGACAGGAGUUUCCAGGAAUUUCGUUUCUCGGGACUUGCGAGAUAGUUUUAUCGAGAGUCCACUUCAGAAAUUCUUGAAGUUUUUUUGUUGUCGCAAUGACCUGACCUACCGAUCACGAGGAAUUCGUGAUAACAGAGUCUGAAUCUGCAUGAUUUCAAAAGCAGCUUGGUAAAAAUAAAAUGAAGUGGAACUUCCCGAAACUGAUCAGUGUGUGAAUUGUCUCUCUGCCAAUACGUGUAGAGGAUGUGAAUACAACUGAUAUUAUGGAUUAACGAGAAGCAGAAUGUGGCCUAGAUUGAGACGAUCGCGACGUCUGUCGAUGAUCGUUUUCUUGGUUGUUGUAUUCAUAGGCGUAUUUUUGAUUUGGUCUAGGAGCAAAGAGAAAAGUGUUAAUCUGCAAAAUAAUUUCAUUCGAUCACAUGAGAAUCAGAAAGAUUAUAUUGAUCAACGAGGGAUUCAUGUAGUAGUCGGUCAUUACAUAGGAGACUCUGUAGAUUCCUUGAAAAUUCCAAACAUCACAAAAGAUGUUAUUAAUCAAAAUUUGUUUAACCCACUGCCAUUUGAAGGCAAAAAUGGAGAACCUGUAGUAAUACAUCCAAAAGAUUUUUACAAGAUGCAACAAUUAUAUCAAAUUAACCGAUUUAAUUUAAUGGCCAGCGAUAAAAUACCGCUAAAUCGAUCUCUACCAGAUGUUAGGAAAAAGAAAUGUAUUUCACGAUACGCUAAUGUUGGUACUUUACCGAAGACAUCAAUCAUUAUAGUCUUCCACAAUGAAGCAUGGAGCACACUGUUACGAACAGUACACAGUGCCAUCAAUAGAUCACCAAGAGAAUUGUUAGAAGAGAUUAUUCUUGUUGAUGAUAAUAGUGAAAGAGAAUUUCUGAAGAAUCCUUUGGAUGAUUACGUUAAAAAUUUGAAUGUUCCUACAAGAGUUUUGCGAUCGAAUGAACGGAUAGGAUUAAUAAAAGCGAGAAUUUUGGGAGCAAACAAUGCUAAAGGUGAAGUUCUCACUUUUCUCGAUGCUCACUGCGAAUGUACGGUUGGAUGGUUGGAGCCAUUACUUGAAGUGGUUGGUAAAAAUGCAACAAGAAUAGUUGCCCCCGUUAUUGACAUAAUAAACGAUAAUACUUUUAGUUAUACAAGAUCGUUUGAGCUUCAUUGGGGUGCAUUCAACUGGGACUUACACUUUCGCUGGCUAACUUUGAAUGGUCGUUUAUUGAACGAAAGACGCAAUAACAUUGUUGAACCGUUUCGAACACCCGCAAUGGCAGGCGGGCUAUUCUCAAUUAACAGAGAGUAUUUCUUUAAAUUGGGCAGCUACGAUGAUCAGAUGCAAAUCUGGGGUGGCGAAAACUUGGAACUGUCAUUCCGGGCUUGGCAGUGUGGAGGGAGUAUCGAGAUUGCCCCGUGCUCUCAUGUCGGGCAUCUCUUUCGAAAAUCUUCCCCUUACACUUUUCCGGGCGGCGUCGGAGAUAUUUUGUAUGGCAACCUUGCUAGAGUCGCUUCGGUAUGGAUGGAUCAAUGGGCGGAAUUCUAUUUCAAGUUCAAUCCUGAGGCAUCUAGAUUAAGAUAUAAGCAACAAAUUCGUUCGAGACUAGCUUUACGCGAGAAACUGCAGUGUAAAAGUUUCGAGUGGUACUUGGAGAAUGUGUGGCCAGAGCAUUUCUUUCCUAUGGAUGAUCGAUUCUUCGGCAGGAUAGUGCAUGCUGCAACAAAGAAAUGCAUUAUGCGACCAACUGCGAAAGGUUCUUAUGCACAACCUUCAGGGAAUGCGGUUCUACACUCAUGCAUACCGCGGCCGAUGCUCAGCCAGAUGUUCGUGAUGACCAAAAACGGCGUGAUAAUGACCGAUGAAAGUGUAUGUUUGGACGCACCGGAACGAGACACGCAACAAAAGACGCCAAAAGUGAAAAUAAUGGCGUGCAGUGGUCGCGAAAGACAAAAAUGGCAAUAUAAUGAACAAACGAAAGUAUUUUUGCACCUGCCUUCUGAAAUGUGUCUUCAGGCAACAACGGACGAUGACACGCCUACAAUAGCGGCUUGUACUAAGAAUCUCGAUCAACAAUGGAUUUUAGAACCAGUUCCUUGGAAGUAAUAACACGGACACGAUGUUAACAUGUUAUUAACAAAGAAGAGAAAAGAAAAGCGGUGCCUUAAUAAGCUGUCAGUCUAUCAGUAAUUAAUGUAUAUUUUUACUAGCACACUAACUUUGCGACAAUUUGCAUAGGUGUGUCAUUUUAAUGUAAAAUUAAUAUUUUUUUUACUUUUAUACUGACGAAAUGAAAUAAAAUGCAAUUCCUUUCCUCUAUGACAAGAUUCGAAUUAUGCAAUAAAAACAUAAUGGAUAC